UUGUCCGGCACCCAACCUCUACUCUAUAUAAGGCGGCAGCCUCUGCUGCGUACCUCCAAGCCAUUGCACUACAACACCUAGCGUUCCCCUGCAUUCUUCUUCGAUUUGGCACAUCAUCAUCUAACUAGGAGCUCACGACAAGACCCAGCAUCAGCUAUGGCGGCGAUCACCGGCGGAAGGGCGGCGCUCGCGGUGGCCGCGCUCCUCUGCGCCAUGUUGGCAGUGGCCGCUGCGCAGCAGGCGUCCAACGUGCGCGCGACGUACCACCUGUACAACCCGGCGCAGAACGGCUGGGACCUCAACCGCGUCAGCGCCUACUGCGCCACGUGGGACGCCAACAAGCCACUGUCGUGGCGCCAGAAGUACGGCUGGACCGCCUUCUGCGGGCCCUCAGGCCCUAGGGGCCAGGCCUCCUGCGGCAAGUGCAUCAAGGUGACCAACCGUGCGACGAGGGCGUCGACGGUGGCGAGGAUCGUGGACCAGUGCAGCAACGGCGGGCUGGACCUGGACUUCGAGACGGUGUUCAAGAAGAUCGACACCAACGGGCAGGGCUACCAGAUGGGACACCUCAACGUCGACUACCAGUUCGUCUCCUGCUGAGUGAACUCGGCCGGAUGUAACAAUACAAGCCUCGCUUAGAUGUGUGGCGUGAUGGAAUAAAAGGGAACAAAGGCCCGGAUGAUGCUAGUACUGCUGAAUAAACAAAACCGUAUUGGAGUAAAUAAAGUGGGUUUUGCAUAUUAA